AUGGCCAAUCAUUUCUUUCUUAAUGGAGAAAUCUUAUAUAGGAGGACUCCAGAUUUAGGAUUACUGAGAUGUGUUGAUGCAAUGGAAGUGACAAGGCUUUUAGAAGAAAUACAUGCAGGAAUAUGUGGACCUCAUAUGAAUGGGUUCACUCUGGCUAAGAAGAUCCUAAGAGCUGGAUAUUUUUGUAUGACCAUGGAGAGAGAUAAGCCUCCUGCAUCAAAUGAACAUCGUUUCAUCCUUGUGGCUAUCAAUUAUUUCACAAAAUGGGUCAAAGCUUCGACAUACAAGGCAGUGACUAAGAAAGUAGUGGAAGACUUUGUUCGUGAUAAUAUAGUUUGUCGGUUUGGAAUUCUAGAAUCAUUCAUACCAGAUAAUGCGGCCAAUCUCAACAGCGAUCUUAUGAAGGAAAUUUGUGAGCGGUUUAAGAUUGCUCAUCAAAAUUCCACAACCUAUCGGCCACAGAUGAAUGGAGCAGUUGAAGUUGCAAAUAAGAAUAUCAAGAAGAUUUUAAGGAAGAUAGUGGAUAGUCACAAACAAUGGCAUGAAAAGUUACCAUAUGCUCUUCACGGUUAUCGUACCACAAUCAGAACUUCCACUAGGGAAACUCCUUAUAUGUUGGUUUAUGGUUCAGAAGCAAUAAUACAUGCUGAAGUGGAAAUAGCAUCUUUAAGGAUUAUUCAAGAGGUCGGUUUAGAUGAUACAGAAUAG